GUUCCCGGCCGGGGCGGCGCGCCUGCGUGCUGUGAAGAUGGCACCUGCCGGCGCGUUGGCGUGGGGUUUGUGGGUGCCGCUGACCGCGCUGGCCCUGCUGGCCCGGGCUGCGCUCGCCCUCACCGAGCGCUACCCGGCGCUGUCCCUGUUCCAGCAGGAGCGGCACCGGCAGCGCCACGGCACACUGGGGGAGUGGGCGGAGCAGUACUCGGCCGAGUGCGAUUCAUCAUUUUUGCACUUCCAUGAAUCGGAUUGUGAUGUAGGAGGGUCAUUGUCUUGUGAAUCUGUGCUUUCUCUGAACACAGAAAAUAUUCUGAAUCAAGCAAAGUUGCUUGCAGAGCAAAAACGAUUUCCAUUUGCUACUGAUAAUGACAACACAAAUGAAGAAUUAGCAAUUGCUUACAUGUUGAUUGGCAACGGCUUGUAUGAUGAAGCUAUACGACAUUUUUCGACAAUGCUGCAGGAAGAACCAGAGCUGGUUAGUGCAAUUUAUGGACGAGGGAUAGCAUAUGGAAAAAAAGGACUUCAUGAUAUGAAAAAUGCUGAACUUGCUCUGUUUGAGCUCAGUAGGGUGAUAAGUCUGGAACCAGAUCAUCCUGAAGUAUUUGAACAACGAGCAGAAAUAUUGUCCCCACUAGGACGAAUCAGUGAGGCACUAUCUGAUCUCACCAAAGCUAUUCAGCUACAACCAUCAGCAAGGCUCUACAGGCACAGAGGUACCCUUUACUUCAUAUCUGAGGAUUAUGCAACAGCCCAUGAAGAUUUUCAGCACUCACUGGAACUGAACAAAAAUCAGCCUAUAGCUAUGCUUUAUAAAGGCUUAACCUUCUUUCACAGAGGACUUUUGAAGGAAGCCAUUGAAUCCUUCAAAGAAGCUCUGAAGCAGAAAGCAAACUUCAUAGAUGCUUAUAAAAGUCUUGGACAAGCCUACAGAGAGCUUGGCAACUUUGAUGCUGCUACAGAGAGCUUCCAGAAGGCUUUACUGCUGAAUCAAAAUCAUGUUCAGACGUUACAGCUCAAAGGAAUGAUUCUUUAUCAUCAUGGCAGCUUAGAUGAAGCACUAAAGAAUUUUAAGAGAUGUUUACAGCUAGAACCAUACAAUGAAGUGUGCCAGUAUAUGAAAGGUCUCAGCCAUGUUGCAAUGGGACAGUUUUAUGAAGGCAUAAAAGCUCAGACCAAAGUUAUGUUAAAUGAUCCACUACCAGGCCAGAAGGCCAGUCCAGAGUAUCUUAAAGUGAAAUACCUCCGAGAGUAUUCCAGAUAUUUGCAUGCACAUUUGGAUACCCCUCUUACAGAGUAUAAUACUGAUAUAGAUCUUCCUGGAACUUUCAAGGACCACUGGGCCAAAAAUCUUCCUUUUCUUACAGAAAAUUACGAAGAACAGCCAGGUUUACAGCCACAUAUAAAAGAUGUGUUAUUUCAGAAUUUUGAAAGCUAUAAGCCUGAUGUACAAGAGCUCAUUUGUGUAGCAGAUCAUCUGGGUUCCAUGAUGCAGUAUGAGACACCAGGAUUUCUUCCAAAUAAAAGAAUACAUAGAGCAAUGGGAUUGGCCUCUCUAGAAGUAAUGCAAGCUGUGCAGCGGACUUGGGCGAACUCCAAAGUUCGGAUGAAUGGGAAAACCAGACUAAUGCAGUGGAGAGAUAUGUUUGAUAUUGCUGUGAAGUGGCGAAGGAUAGCUGACCCUGACCAGCCUGUGCUUUGGUUGGACCAAAUGCCUGCCCAGAGCCUGACCAGAGGUUUCAAUAAUCACAUUAACUUGAUCAGGGGACAGGUCAUUAACAUGCGGUACCUGGAAUACUUUGAGAAAAUACUUCAUUUUAUCAAAGACAGGAUCCUUGUUUAUCAUGGUGCUAAUAAUCCAAAAGGACUGCUAGAGGUUCGAGAAGCUUUGGAAAAGGUACAUAAAGUAGAAGAUCUUCUUCCCAUAAUGAAGCAGUUUAACAGUAAAACCAGAGAUGGGUUUACUGUGAACACAAAAGUCCCCAGCCUCAAGGAUCAAGGGAAAGAAUAUGAUGGAUUCACAAUUGCUAUAACAGGAGAUAGAGUGGGGAACAUACUGUUUUCUGUAGAAACUCAGACAACAGAAGAGAGAACACAGCUGUAUCAUGCAGAAAUAGAUGCACUAUAUAAGGAUCUAACAGCUAAAGGAAAAAUUCUAAUUCUGUCUGCAGAGCUGGGGGAAGUAGAUGCUGUUUGCAACUUGAUCCUGUCAUUAGUUUAUUACUUCUAUAAUUUAAUGCCACUUUCAAGAGGAUCUAGUGUGAUAGCUUAUUCAGUGAUAAUGGGAGCACUAAUGGCAAGUGGAAAAGAAGUAUCAGGAAAAAUCCCUAAAGGAAAGCUGGUUGAUUUUGAAGCAAUGACUGCACCGGGGUCUGAAGCUUUUAGCAAAAUAGCAAGGAGCUGGAUGAAUCUAAAAAGUAUUUCACCUUCUUACAAGAGCCUACCAUCAGUAUCAGAGACUUUUCCAACCCUGAGAACAAUGAUUGAAGUACUAAAUACAGACUCACCUCAUUGUCUAAAAAAACCUAUAGUUGUUGUAUAAUUUAUACAAAUAAAAGGCCAAGAGGGCAGUGCAGUAAGUCCAUUCUUCAAUGAAGAAAGGAAUGCAGCAAAGCAUCAAAAAUGUUGAUACAGGUGACUUACUUCAGUGGGAUUGAAAAUGGAGUGAAUUUAUGGAAUGGAGGGUCUUUUAUUGGUUAUACCACAGAAGUAUUUAUUGGCUUCAAAGUGGGCUCUUUGUGUUUAAGUACAGGGGCUGGAAGUGCCACAAGGUAAAUUAGAUGCUGUGGUGAAUAGUGACAACCACUAUAUGAAAGGCUCUGUUGAUUUAAAGUUAAAUUUCACUAUUUGUCACCUUAUUUGCAGAACAGGAUAGCUGUGGUAGCUAGAGACCUGAGAGUUUCUGUAUGAAGGAUUUUCAUGGAGGUAUAAAAAUGAAUCCCAGGAAGUGGAUGCAUAAUGUAUCUUCAUUGGGAAGCGUAUCCACCCAGUGUGAGUAGCUCAUUUCCCACAUUACAGGCCUUUUGGAGGUUUUACUUUUGUCUGCCUGUCCAGUUUAUGAACUGGCUGCUUGUUGCAUUUAGGGUGAAUAUUAGCAAUGCAUAUUCAGUUUAGACUUACCUAUUGGAUGAAACAACACUUAUCUCUCUGCACUGUGAACCGAAAUGUGGUAAGUGGAGAAAAUGAGGAGACACACUUCAAAAAUGUGCUCCCAAUUCAAAUCAUCCCAGGGGUGCGUAUGUAGCUAUGGUAAUUUUUUUCAUGAAUGUUCAUAUUCUAGGAUUGUAUGUUGAAAAUACAAGGGUAGGGAGAGAACCUGCUUUCCUUGCAUUUGAAACAAAUCUAUAGUAACUCUUCCUCUCUAAGAACAGGCCCUUAAAAUAAAGAAUUGUUGCCUUAACUUACAGUACAUUACCAGAUUUGUAGGCACAAGGAAGUAAUAUUGUAUGAAGCAGACAUUUUGUUCACUGUUUUUAAUCCUGGUACUGGUAUGUGUGAAAGUAGGUCUGGAAUGUUUCAAAGUUUGCAUGCACUGUACUGGAGCUACACUGAUUAAAAGAAGGCCUUCUCCAAAUUGCAUUGGUCCAGACCAGAGGCCUUGUCACCAGGAGCAGACGUCCCCCAGCCAGAGAAAGAGGGUACACUCCACGAGCAAACCUCUGGUUCUUCCUGUGUGAGCAUGGGGAAAACAUGAGAAGGUGGGAUGGUAAACCCACCUCUGCCCUAGCAGCACACUGCUAGGUGAAUUGAAGAAUGGCAACACUCAGAGAGGAAGCUCCACCAGAAGAGCUACUUCUCAUUCCCAUUUCUCUUGGUUUCCCAUAACCAAGCUGCCCAGCAUAACACAAGGCAGAAUGACAUGUCCAACCCCCUGGAAGGAACAUCUGCAAUGUAUGCACAAGGAAGGAAUGGCAGCCAGUGCUAGAGGGGCCCUGCCUCUAGCCAGGUAGAGUCCAGGGAAAACCGUUCCUCUUGGACUGUGUGGAUUCGUUGCCCUGGCAUAGCAGAACCACAGGAAUACGAGGCUUUGAUCGACACUGGUGCACAGUACACACUAAUUCCAUCGCGACAUGUGGGGACAGAAUCUGUUUCUAUUGCUAGCGUGACGGGAGGACCACAAGACCUGACUCUGGUGGAAGCUGAGGUGAGCCUGACUGGAAAGGAGUGGAGGAAGCAUCCCAUUGUGACUGGUCCAGAGGCCCCAUGCAUCCUGGGAAUAGAGUUUCUCUGGUGGGUAUUUCAAAGAUCCAAAGGCAUUCAAGUAGGCCUUCGAAAUAGCUGCUGUAGAGACAGAUGGCAUCAAGCAAUUAAGCACCUUGCCUGGGCUGUCCAAAAAUCCUGCAGCUGGACUCCUCAACGUGGAAGACCAGCACGUUCCAGUUGCCACCUUGACAGUGCACCACUGGCAGUACAGAACAAACCGAGAUGCUGUGAUUCCCAUCCAUAACGUGAUCCAAGAGCUAGAGAGCCAAGGGGUGGUCAGCAAGGCCCACUCACCCUUCAACAGCCUCAUCUGGCCUGUGCUCAAAUCUAAAGGAGAAUGGAGAUUGACUGUGGACUAUCGUGGUGUAAAUGAAGUGACUCCAUCGCUGUGCACUGCCAUGCCAGACAUGCUGGAGCUCCAGUACAAGCUGGAGCCCAAAGCAGCGAAGUGAUACACCACCAUUGACAUCGCCAACCCAUUCUUCUCCAUUUCUCUGGCAGCAGAGUGCAGGCCACAGUUUGCUUUCACCUGGAGGGGCAUACAGUACACCUGGACCGGCUGCCCCAGGGGUGGAAGCACAGCCCUACCAUCUGCCAUGGGCUGAUCCAGGCCACACUGGAAAAGGGCAAGGCUCCAGAACAUSUUCAGUAUAUGGAUGACAUCGUUGUGUGGGGGAGCAUAGCAACAGAAGUAUUUGAGAAAGAAGAAAAGAUCAUCCAGAUUCUCCUGGAAGCUGGCUUUGCCAUAAAGAAGAACAAAGUGAAGGGACCUCCUCAAGAGAUACGGUUCCUGGGGGUAAAGUAGCAAGAUGGACAGCAUCAGAUCCCCACCGAGGUCAUCAACAAGAUCACGUCUAUGUCACCAACUAGCAAAAAGGAAACACAAGCUUUCCUAGGUUCCAUAGGCUUUUGGAGGAUGCACAUCCCCGAAUACAGCCAGAUCGUGAGCCCUCUGUACCUGGUGAUCCAGAA